GGCAACUGGGGCCGAGAUAAGACCCCGCGGCCUCCCGUCCGGAGUUCACGCCUCGUGUCUCGGCCGCUGCUUCAAGGACGAAGCUUUCCCCGCAUUCUUUGCAUAUAAUCAUCACUGCCGGAUGCUACGUCUCAGUAUUGCACCUCACCAACUUCAGGCUUCUCUUUAUAACAGCAACACAAGCUACACGUCAUUGCCAUGGCCACACAUCAUCUCGUAACGCGGCCUCAUCUGGCCAGUGUCUCGGAUGGUGAGUGGGUUGAUGUGGGCGACAGCCGUGAACGACACGCAACUACUGCCAACCCGGAGUCCAUGCCGGAGCGUAUCACACGUGUUACCACGGACGAGAAGAAUCUCAACAAGUUUUACAAUAUCAAGUUCUCAGCCACAAGGUCUCAUCGACUGCAGAUAUACUACAAUGAAGAGCUCGACAGUCUAUUCAAGGCUCCAUUUGAUACCUACAACCAGGAGGAUAAGGUAGACUUUUUACUGCUGCGAAACUACUUGAGGCGUAAUCUCCGAGUCUUGCUUCUGGAUCGCGAGCGAGACGAGCUGGUGAAGCCGGUUCUACCCUUUAUCCAGCCGCUCAUCGAGAUCUGCGAAGCACGCCAAAACAUGGUCCCAGUCGACUGCAAAAAGACGGCCAUGAUAUUAAAUGAGACGGCCAAGAGGAUUAUCGCAACGACAAAAGCCAUUAAAACCAACGGAAUUAAAGCCAAUGACUCGACCUUCUCGCGUGCUAUGAGCACCAUUGACCAAAUCCGAGGCCACGUCGAUGAGUCUUACGGAUUCUACGCCCCUUACGACCCCCUGUUCCCAUUCUGGUGUGACGCGCCCAAGAAGGAACUGGACGAGGCCCUCACCGGCAUCAAAACGGCGAUAGACGCCAAGCUCGUUGAGAAAAACGGGUCCGGGUCUAUCCGUGCUGCAGUAGAACCCAUUGGGCGCUCCGGGCUGAUCACCGAGCUCGAAGCGGAAAUGAUACCCUACACGCCUGAGGAGCUCCUCAAGUUGGCGCAAGAACAGUACGAUUGGUGCGAAAAGGAGAUGAAGAAGGCUUCACGCAGCAUCAAGGUGUGCUCCGUUCGACCGGAAGGGAGUCAUGGAAGCGUAUCGGGUCUGGAGGCUCCAGAUACUGGCUUUGGCGACAACUGGAAGGCGGCACAGGAAUAUGUCAAAAAUUCAUAUGUUGAGCCCGGGCAACAGCCUGAAAUGGUGCGCCAGCUGGCCUACGAGGGCAUGGCUUUUGUGAAGAAGCACGACCUAGUCACGGUCCCAGAAAUCGCGGGCGAGACAUGGCGUAUGUUCAUGAUUUCCGCAGAACGUCAAAAGGAGUCGCCCUUCUUCCUCGGUGGCCCCUCCUUCUGGGUGUCUUAUCCCACCGCCGCCAUGGAUCAUGACCUGAAGAUGAUGGUCAUGCGCGGCAACAACCCUCACUUCUCAAGAGCGACGGCAUUCCACGAACUAAUUCCCGGUCAUCGUUUGCAGCUUUUCAUGGGCAAGCGUCACCAUCCCUACCGCGAGCUCUUCUCGACGCCCUUCUUUGUCGAGGGCUGGGCCAUGUACUGGGAGUUCGUCUUCUGGAACAGAGGGGACUUCUUCGUGGGCCCCGAAGACAAGAUCGGAACUCUCUUCUGGCGGAUGCACCGGUGCGCGAGAAUCAUCUUCUCCCUCAAGUACCACCUCGGCGAGAUGACGCCCCAAGAGUGCGUUGACUUGCUGGUUGAAUGGGUCGGUCACGAGCGAUCCAACGCAGAGGGAGAGGUCACGAGAUCCUUUGGUGGGGAGUAUUCCCCUCUGUACCAGGCUGGAUACAUGCUGGGGGCAUUGCAGAUGCACGGUUUGCGGGAGGAGGUGUUGACAAAAGGGUUGAUGGGCGAGAAGGAACUCCACGAUAAAAUUUUGAGGGCGAACACGAUGCCAAUCGAGCUGCUUCGAGCGCUUCUCCUGAACCAGCCAUUAGGUCCGGACACGGAGGCUCAGUGGAGGUUCUACGACUGAACAGGAGCCUCACAGUCAUCAUUGCCCAAAUGGCAAAUGAACGACGCGCGUCACCCACUCUUGUACGUUACAUUGCACUCGGCCGAGAAUCUUAGCAUUUUUCAGUUGGAAGGUUUUCUCUCCUUGAUCGCUCUCAACUUCCUUCUCCCCGCAACCCCGGACGGCCCCAGCCCCAUGCAGCCGCCGAUGUGCAAUGCGGGGGAAGACGGUGCGGGGCCGCCUCGGUCUUCGGGUUAUGUCGAGCGGGAGCGCGGCCUAUUGGCCGUGGAACCAUAACUAUGCCAGCCUCCGCUUUACUUUACGCGUAACUCGCAGAAGCCCCGGGCUCGCUUCCUGUCCCCG